UCCUCGCGAACACACUCCCACAUACAAACACACUACAGCUGAAAUUCCCCCUUAUUAACGAGGGGAGAGGAGUGUCGUUGUGUGAGAGUCGCAUUUUGUGCAGUGUCGAGUGUAAUUUGCUGGAUUUUUUUGUGGAGUGUUGGAGGUGUUUUGUCGAGUUUAAUCCUCUGAGGUAAUCUGGGAUUCAGAGCGGGAAAAGAGAUGCGCUCGAGCGCUCACUGGACUUUCACUCUGUGAGGCGCAAACAGGUGAAGACUAGAGCAGGAAAAUACAGUAGAGAUGAGUGAAGAGUCGAGACAGGAGGUGGUGACGACCCCUCCCAGUGUGGGGCAAAAAGAACGUUACUUUGACCGCAUCAACGAAAAUGACCCCGAAUACCUGCGUGCACGCAACAUGUCGCCUGAUCUGCGACAAGACUUUAAUAUGAUGGAACAGAAGAAAAGAGUUACACAGAUGCUACAAAGUCCAGCAUUUAGGGAUGAGCUGGAGGGCCUGAUCCAGGAACAGAUGAACAAGGGGAAUAACCCUGCAGGACUGCUCGCUCUGCGGCAGAUUGCAGACUUCUUCAUGGCCAGCUCUCUGGCUGGAUUCUCCACCUCUCCCCUCAGUUUGGGCAUGGUGACCCCAAUAAACGACCUGUUCAGUGUGGAGUCCUCUACUAUGGUGAAGGGAGAGAAGCAGACCCGCUGCAAACUGGCCAGCCUCUACAGACUAGUAGACCUGUUCAGUUGGGCACACUUCGCAAGCUGUUACAUAACAGUUCGUGUUAGUAAGGAGCAGGAUCAUAUCCUCAUCAUUCCCAGAGGACUGUCCUUUGCUGAGGCCUCUGCGUCCAAUCUGAUGAAGGUGAAUAUUCUUGGUGAUGUCGUCGAUCAGGGUUCCACCAACCUGCAGAUUGACCCGGCUGGCUUCAGCCCUCACGCUGCCAUCUACUCCAUGAGGCCCGACGUGCGCUGCAUCAUUCACAUAAGCACACCGGAUACUGCUGCUGUGUCGUCUAUGAAGUGCGGUCUUUUGCCAAUCUCUCAAGAGGCUCUCAUCUUGGGUGACAUCGCCUACUACAACUACCAAGGCAGCCUGGAUGAGCAGGAUGAGCGCAAAGAGCUCCAGAAAGCUCUCGGACCCUCCACCAAGGUGUUGGUUUUAAGGAAUCAUGGGGUUGUUGCUCUCGGGGAGACUAUUGAAGAGACCUUUCACUACAUUUACAACGUCAAAAUUGCCUGUGAGAUUCAGGUGAAUGCAUUCUCAUGUGCGGGGGGAGUGGAAAACCUGAUCGUGUUGGAUCUGGAGCAGUUUAAAUCCCGUACACAGGGGGUGGCAGAAGCUGGAGUCAACAUGGGCUCUCAGCACAAAUGGAGACUGGGAGAGCUGGAGUUCGAGUCGCUCAUGAGAAUGCUGGACAACCUGGGUUACAGAACAGGCUACACAUACCGGCACCCUAUUGUGCGUGAGAAACCACGCCACAAGAGCGACGUGGAGAUUCCAGCGACGGUAACUGCAUUCAUGUUUGAUGAUGAUGAUGCUCCACGUUUCCCUCUAAAGUUGCAACAACAGAGACAGCAGAGAGAGAAAACACGCUGGCUCAAUUCACCCAACUGCUACAUGAAGGUUAAUGUGUCAGAAGGAGCUAGCGAGCAGAACGGACGCACCAAGACCAUGUGGAUGAAGUCAGAUGAAGGGAGUAACACCAGUGGUACUCCAAUCUGCAUUGAAGAUCCCAACCAGUUUGUCCCUCUGAACACAAACCCCAAUGAAGUCCUACAGAAGAGAAAUAAGAUCCGUGAGCAGAACCGCUUUGAUAUGAUGACAGCAGGCCCACAGUCACAGCGGCUUGCAGGAAUUGUGGUAGAAAGACCACCGCCAUACAUGGGCGAUGACGAGGAACAGAUGGGCCCUCUACCUCCUAACCCCUUCAGUGAGCUCAGUGAGGAGCAGGAGGGAUACCACAAAAGAGCAGAUUGCCAGCAUCUCGGCCUUGACGAUGACGAUCUUGAGCAGAUCACAUCAGAUGAUGCUUCCACACUGUCUCAGUCUGUGUCCCAAACUCAGUCUCCACAAAACACUCCAGCUACAGAAGAGAACCACACUGGUGUGCUGCUGAAUGGUAAAGACAACCACGGUGAUGAGGAGCUCAUCAAGCGUGUGAGUCAGCUGACCACCAGCGUGGAAAGCAUGGAGAUAAAUGUGCGCUCGGGAGAGAAAAUUGAAGAGGCAUUGACGCCCGAGAGCUCGCCCUCCAAAUCUCCCAACAAGAAGAAAAAGAAGUUCAGAACCCCGUCAUUCCUGAAGAAGAACAAAAAGAAAGAGAAGGCCGAAGCCUAGAGGAGACCAGAUCACACCCACCCUGUCUGUGUGUCUCUGUCGUUUGAAGAUUUUAAGUUGUCGUUUUUUUUAUUUUAUUUUAAUUUUUUUUUAAAAGUUCAUUGACAGAAAAAACAUGGCACAUUUUUGGGGGAGUCAAAGGAGUGAAUAGAUGGAGUGACGUCCAUGUUUAGCAUGUGCCAUGUUCGAAUGGUCAUGAAAAUAGAAACUGUUUGAAUGGUUUUAAAUGGGAAGAGAAGUGAUCGAAACUCCUGGGAAACUUGCUCCUCACCUUAUGGAAAAGACUGAGAACACAGAUAUAGUCCGUAUGAUUUUAAUCUCAUUAAUGAGCCCAUACUGCAUUGUUAUUUUUGUAAUACUGUAUGUUUUUGAGUUGAGCAUACAGACUCUUAUGAGCCCCUUUUCUAGCUGCCACAUCAUCUCUCAUGGUGUCAGUUCUGCUUGUGUUUUUCUCCCACUGUAGGUGGACGGUAGGUGUAAUUGGUUACACUACACAGGAGACACUUAAGAAUCACACUGGAAACUGUUCUGGGAUUAUUUUAACAGGGUUGUGUUUUUUUUUUUUUUUCUUAUGUUGUCUGUGAUUGUUGAAGAAAUGGGUCUGAGAUUAGCAGCCGCAAGCUGCACGUGUGAUAAUCCUGUGUAGAGCCACUCCAAUCUCCUCUGUGCUGUUCUUUGCCAAACAAAAGAUUUAAAAGCAAAAAAAAGCAAAGCAAUCACGUUUUAGUGAACUGUAAUCUUGUCCGUCUUUUCUGGCAUUUUGAUUUCACUCUUCUUUUGGUAUGAAAUAUUGUAUCUUUUUUUUUAAAAUUGAAACAAUUUAGUUUUUAUCCAUUCA